AUGGGUCUGUUCCAGCAAACUCAGUUCAUGACUCUACUCCGAUUGGAUUUUCAGCGAAAACGAGACGGGGCGAGAGAAGGACGGGGCGAGAGUAGAAAGGGGCGAGAGCAGUACGGGGCAAGAGCAGGACGGGGCAAGAGCAGAACGGGGCGACAGCAGGACGGGGCGAGAGCAGGACGGGGCGAAGGCCUCACGAUUAGCGCCCGUGUGGUAGCGGCGACGCUAACAGCGGCGCGCGCCUGCGCUGCGGGCGCCGCCAAGCUGGGCGAACACGCGGCGAUGCUCGCGGUGGCCAUUUGCUGCAUACUGGUGCUGCUGCUGGUCUUCAUCGUGCUUAUCAUCGUAGUGGGCCAGAACGUCGAGGCCAAGGGCGGCUCG